UCCGAAACACGAGCCACGUAUAAUAUUGCUCCAGCAUGGGACAGAACUAUUCCCACAACUCCGACGUGGAGUUUUUUGUUGCGUUGUCGAUCCCUGGAACUCUUGACGCUGUGUUCCAGGAUCGUGUUGUUCGCCAGGUUGUGUUUGAUGCCUCGGGGCGCGAGGAAGGCCCUUGGAGGCUCCAUGCUUUGGAACACAGCCUGUAAUAUCGUACUUGUCCGUUUCCGCGACCCCAGAGGUAGGGGAAGCGCUGGAAAUAGUAUUGCCCGUACCCGGUCCGUGGUGAUGGGAGGCCUGGCUGCCGCCCCACGGUCUGUCGCGCUCGUGCAGGGGUCAGGCAUGGAAGCGCCGGCCAUCGCGGCGGAGGUGCUCGAGGCCUUAGAAGCCGUGCUUCCAGAGGAUGCCCCAGCGGGCCACGAGGCGUGGCAGAAGGUCAAGUUCACUAGCACCCACAGCUGGCCGCACAGCAGGUUCUAUUUCGGGACGCAGAGAUUCCAGGCGACCCUCGGGAACUGCCUCACCGAGCAGGCCACACAGCGCGUGGCUCGGGCCUGCUACGUGAGAUUCUCGGACGGUGACCCGCAGGAAAAGGUCGCCGAGUUCAGGAACCAGAUCUACGCCAAGAUCAAGGGAAUCCAGGGAAACGGUGCGGCUGCGGGAGACCCUGCCAAGAUGGGGGGCUGGAGUGGUAGCCAGGCCCCCAUGCAGUAGGAGCUCGACCACAAGAAACCCUCCACAAGAAGCCCAGCCCUGAGACCCCAGGACGUUCGUUGAUUUUUGGUGUGGGAACGUCACGCUUUCCAUAGCACAAGCGUCGAAACCAAAGGCACCACUGGCA